AUGCUGCCCGCCUUACUGUACUCUGAUCUGUUUGUGUUGUUUGUCGGCAUUAAUCCUGACCUCGAUAGUAGUGCCAGUGGCCAUUUUUACGAAGGACGCUCGAACCAUUUUUGGCAUUGUUUAAAUGCUACUGACCUAGUGUCCUACAGAGUUUCUCCCAAAGACGAUUCUAAGCUACCGCGUGACUUUGGUUUGGGUUUUACGAAUAUCUGUCGCAGACCGACAAGGACGGCAAAAGAGUUGCACGAUAAUGAAAUUGUUGAAGGCUUAGAGGUGCUCAAGUUGAAAAUCGAAAGAUACCAGCCAGCUUUCGUGUGUUUUCUCGGCAUCGACAUGUACAAGAAAUACAUAAAGAAACGUACUAUUACUCCCAGACUUCAGAAGGAAAAGUGUCGUUGGGGUGCCAGGGAACACGAUGUGAUAAGAUUUUUUGUUAUGCCGAGUACUAGUGCGCGAGUUGUUGCUUUUCAGCGGGACGACAAAGUUAAGCUGUUCCAAGAACUGUCUAAGGAAGUAGAGUUAUUCCGCGUGGCUACGUAUCUGUUAACGAGCUAA